UUUGUCUGUAAAACUGCAGCUUUCGAGGGUCGUUUGGAAAAGCUCACAAGGUGGUGAAGUUGGGGCGAAUGCUGCAUACCCCCCUUGAAGCUGUGUGCACAACUGGGCAGCCUCUGGGGAGUCAUUCACUGUUAAAACCUCCAUCACCUUCCAGAAAAGGCCUUGGAGGGUGAAGAACGUCCCAGCCAGAGACUUAGCGGCAGGCAGCUGAGCCUCCAGCUUCCUCUAGGGGGCAGCGGCAGCAAAGCGACCUCCGGGGAUACUCAGAGGUGGCUUCGGAUGAUCACACGAGGGGGAGUGGUACACAAGAGGAUCGUACGAUCAGGUCAUAACACAGAGGUGUUGCAGGAUAUUCAGUUCCCCCAUGUUCUCUCGUCGAGUGCUGAUUAGAAAUCAUGACGUCAUCCGCUACUUUAUAUUUAGACGGUUUCUAACUAGACCCAGUUAUCGCGAUUACAGCGAAGGAUGUAACAGGAUUGUAACAGGCACCAUAUGAGCAACAUCACUAAAUAUACAAAACGGAAACACAAGGUGGUCGGAUGCCAAACUGAAAGAGGCCCCAGCAGGAAUCAACUGGUCUGGAUCAGCACAAAAAUGGACAAGGAGAGAGGAAAUAGAGGAGCUGCUUCUGAAAUGCGCCCCCCUGUGGGGUGUAACAGAAAGAGCGCUGAGAGUGUCCUGAUGAAGAGAGCAGACUCCCCUGUACCCAGCUGUGAUUCCCUGAGGAGUGACGAAUCAAUGGAGCAACCAAGCAUAUUCAGUGAGGGACCUUUUCCUACUGAUCAAAGUGUCCUGAUGAAGAGAGCAGACUCCCCUGUACCCAGCUGUGUUUCCCUGAAGAGUGACGAGUCAAUGGAUGAACCAAACAGAUUCAGAGAGGGACCUUUUCCUACUGAUCAAAGUGUCCUGAUGGAGAGAGCAGACUCCCCUGUACCCAGCUGUGUUUCCCUGAAGAGUGACAGGUCAAUGGACCCCCUAGUCGACUUCAGAGAGGGACCUUUUCCUACAGAUCAAAGAGACCAAAUGGAAGAAUGCAGUUCAGAUCGAUAUGAUAAAUCGGGUUUAUCAUCCAUAUUGAAGUCACUAGAGGAAAAAGCUAUGAAGUUCCUAAAGGACGAGCUGAAGACGUUUGUGAGGCACCUAGAUCAGAAUUACCCAGAAUGCUCUGAACCUCAGCUGGAGGAGGACAAUGGCCUGGACUGUGAUGGUCAGAUGCAGAAGACCAGUGUUAGAGAGGUAGCUCUGAAGAUCACACUGUACAUCCUGAGGACCAUGAAGCAAAAUGAUCUUGCUGACAUGCUGGAGAAGAGACAACUCAUGCUGCAACAUCAGCAGGAAAUCAAAUGUAAACUUAAGAAGCAGUUUGAGUGUGUAUUUGAAGGGAAAGCUAAGGAAGGACAGCCAACACUUCUCAGUGAGAUUUACACAGAACUCUACAUAACUGAAGGUGGGACUGGAGCAGUCAAUGAUGAACAUGAAGUGAGACAGAUUGAAACAGCAUCCAAGAAAAGGCGAACAGAAGAUACUACAGUCAAGUGUAAUGAUAUAUUUAAACCCUUAUGUGGGCGUGAGACACCUAUCAGAACUGUACUCACUAAAGGGGUGGCAGGUAUCGGGAAAACAGUCUCUGUGCAGAAAUUUAUUCUUGACUGGGCAGAAGGAAAAGCAAACCAGGAUGUUCACUUCAUAUUCGCUCUUCCUUUCCGGGACCUGAAUUUGAUUAAAUAUGAAUACAGUCUGAUUGAACUGCUUCAGUACUUUGUCCCAGAACUGAAAUCAUUUCAAUCCACUGAGCUGUUUAGGUACAAAGUCUUGUUCAUCUUUGAUGGUCUGGAUGAGUGUCGCCUUCCUCUGGAUUUUCAGAACAAUGAGAGCUGGUUUGAUGUAACAAAGAAAACGUCACUGGAUGUGCUGUUGACUAACCUCAUUAAGGGGAAUCUGCUCCCAUCUGCUCUCCUCUGGAUAACCUCCCGGCCAGCAGCAGCCAAUCAGAUUCCUCCUGAGCGUGUCCACCAGGUCACAGAGAUACGAGGGUUCAGUGAUGCCCAGAAGGAGGAGUAUUUCAAGAAGAGAUUUAAUGAUCAGAGCCUGGCCAGCAGGAUUAUCACACAUGUGAAAUCAUCAAGGAGCCUCUUCAUCAUGUGCCACAUACCUGUGUUCUGCUGGAUUUCAGCCACUGUGCUUAAGAGCUUUUUUAGUGAGACUGACAGGGGAGAAAUUCCAAGGACUCUGACUGAAAUGUACACACACUUCCUGAUCUUUCAGACAAGUUUAAAAAAUGACAAGUAUAUGAAAAACCAUGAAACUAAGCUUAAGGAAUACAGCAAGGAAUUCCUUUUAAAACUUGGUAAACUGGCUUUUGACAACCUUGAGAAAGGCAAUCUCAUAUUUUAUGAGCAAGAUCUGACAGAGAAUAGCAUUGAUGUCACUGAAACUUCAGUUUACUCUGGAGUGUGUACAGAAGUCUUUAAAGAGGAUUAUGGGUUGUACCAGGAGAAGGUGUACUGCUUUGUGCAUCUGAGCAUCCAGGAGUAUCUCGCUGCUUUAUAUGUGUUUCUGUCAAACUCAUCAGCUGACUUGCUGAGGACUGCAGUGGAUCAGGCAUUAAAGAGCAAGAAUGGACACUUGGACCUCUACCUCCGCUUCCUCCUGGGCCUCUCAACAGACUCCAGUAAGACUCUGUUACAAAGGCUACUGGGGCCGACAAGAAUCAGCUCACAUACCAUAAAGGAAACAGCCCAAUACAUCAAGAAGAAAAUACAGGAGAAUUUAUCUCCAGAAAGGACCAUCAACCUGUUCCACUGUCUGACUGAACUGGGUGACAAUUCUCUAGUAGAGGAAGUACAAAGAUACCUGAAUUCAGGAAACAUUUCAGCAGAUGACCUCUCACCUGCACAGUACUCAGCUCUGGCCUUUGUGAUGCUGAUGUCAGAUGAGGAGCUGGAUGUGUUUGACCUGAAGAAAUACAUCAGAUCAGAUAAACAGCACUGCAGGCUGCUGCCUGUGGUCAAGAACUCCAGGAUGGCUCUGCUGAACAGCUGUGAUCUCAUAGAUGAACACUGUGAAGUGCUGACAUCAGCUCUCAGAUCAAACUCCUCCCCCCUGAGAGAGCUGGACCUGAGUGACAAUGACCUGAAGGAUUCAGGAGUGAAGCUGCUCUCUGCUGGACUGGGGGAUUCUCACUGUAAACUGGAGAUACUGAGGCUGUCAGGCUGUAGAGUCACAGAAGAAGGCUGUUCUUCCCUGGCUUCAGCUCUGAGGUCAAACCCUUCACACCUGAGAGAGCUGGAUCUGAGCUACAAUCACCCAGGAGACUCAGGAGUGAAGCUGCUCUCUGCUGUACUGGAGGAUCCCAGCUGUAAACUGGAGAAGCUGCAGGUGGGCCGGUGUGAACUCACAGAGAAAUGCUGUGAGGCACUGGCUUCAGCUCUCAGAUUAAACUCCUCACCCCUGAGAGAGCUGGACCUGAGUGACAAUGACCUGCAGGACUCAGGAGUGAAGCUGCUCUCUGCUGGACUGGGGGAUUCUCACUGUAAACUGGAGAUACUGAGGCUGUCAGGCUGUAGAGUCACAGAAGAAGGCUGUUCUUCCCUGGCUUCAGCUCUGAGGUCAAACCCCUCACACCUGAGAGAGCUGGACCUGAGCUACAAUCACCCAGGACACUCAGGAGUGAAGCUGCUCUCUGCUGUACUGGAGGAUCCCAGCUGUAAACUGGAGAAGCUGAAGGUGGGCCGGUGUGAACUCACAGAGAAAUGCUGUGAGGCACUGGCUUCAGCUCUCAGAUCAAACUCCUCACCCCUGAGAGAGCUGGACCUGAGUGACAAUGAUCUGCAGGACUCAGGAGUGAAGCUGAUCUCUGCUGGACUGGGGGACUUACACUGUAAACUGGAGAUACUGAGGCUGUCAGGCUGUAGAGUCACAGAAGAAGGCUGUUCUUCCCUGGCUUCAGCUCUGAGGUCAAACCCCUCACACCUGAGAGAGCUGGACCUGAGCUACAAUCACGCAGGAGACUCAGGAGUGAAGCUGCUCUCUGCUGUACUGGAGGAUCCCAGCUGUAAACUGGAGAAGCUGAAUGUGGAUCACGGAGGAGAGUGCAGGACCAGACCAGGCUUACAGAAAUACUCCUGCCAGCUGACGCUGGACCCCAACACAGCAAACAGACGCCUGUCUCUGUCAGGGGGGAACAGGAAGGUGACAGGGGGGGCAGAGCGGCAGCCAUAUCCUGAUCAUCCAGAGAGAUUUGACCGCUGGCCCCAAGUUCUGUGCAGAGAGAGUCUGACUGGCCGCUGUUACUGGGAGGCUGAGUGGGAUGGAGUUGCAGCCUGGAUAGGAGUGACUUAUAAAGGGAUCAGGAGGAAAGGAGAGAGGGACUGUGUGCUUGGAUUCAAUGACAAGUCAUGGAGUCUGCGCUGUUAUACUGACAGUUACUCUGUCCGGCACAAUAAUAAACUGACUCUCAUACCCAUACAGCCCUCAGGCCCCCGCAGAGUAGGAGUGUAUCUGGACUGGGGGGCUGGUGCUCUGUCCUUCUACAGAGUCUCCUCUGAUGGACUGACCCUCCUGCACAGAUUCACCUCCUCAUUCACUGAGUCCCUCUAUCCAGGGUUUUAUGUUAUAAACUCCUCAGUGUCACUGUGACGUGUUGCUGGUUCUCCUGGAAAAAAGGUAAAAUCUCUGCUUUUUAACCUUUUAAUCCUUUUUACUCUGAAAUGUAUGUAUAUAAUAUAAAUGCCUGUGUUCAGUGAGCUGGAUGGCCAUGAAAAAUAUAUUUUUAUAGUUUUUCUCUCUGACUAAAAUGUAAUUAAAUGUAAUCCUGAUGAGUGAGGGUGGGGGUCUUUCCCCCUCCCCUGUAUAUGUACAUUUUAUAUAUUUAUGUCCAUUUACUGUAUUUCCUCCCUGUACAAUGACAAUAAAGACUUUCUGUUCUGUC